AUGGAAAUACCUAUUUUCAAACCCAUGGCUGCUGGUGAUGGCUGCCACAUCUUUUGGUUGUGGAUUCCAAAAAUGCUUGUGUGAAGAAGACCCUCUUCUUCCUGUUAGUGGACAGCCUCAUGUGGACUGGGAAUCUGUAAAAGUUGAGUAGUUCCUCAGGUGCCAUUCUUUUAAAGUGUUGUGCUUAGAUUCUUGGUGAGGGUUCUGUGCAACUUCCCCUUCUUUGAUACUUUGGGUGAAUUUUCUGUGGUUUUUUAAAACUGUACAAUGCAAGGAAAGGUAGUAUAACUUGUUUGAGAGGGGGAUUAAAAUGUGCAUGUUAAAACACCAUACUGGGCACAAGGUGGGUGUAGUUGGCAUUAGGAGUAAAAAGAGAGGCCUGUCAUGCUUAAGCAAAUUUAUUUCCCUUUGAAUUCUGUAGAAACAGUAGACUUCUGAAAGGGGCUGUGGGGUUUACCGUCCUUUUUGUCAGCUGCAGCUCCACCUGACAGUGAUUCUCAUGCCAGGUCUUGAACAGAAAAAUAAAUGAAUCUCUAUUAUUACUUAGUAUUUCUGUAGGUCUUCUAUAAAAUGCUUGGAGUAGCAAUGUGCUGCAUAUAACAUUUGCACAGUUACAGUCUUAAGACAUGGAAAGAAAGGGAGUAGAAGGGAAAUGUCAGGUGAGUUUGGGAAUUCCAAAACUAAGAGAUGGUUUCUUAAACAGGUAUUUCAACAGGCGAGUGGACUGGGAGGGGUAAGAGUUCCAGGUCACUGCAUUUCAUUCUUGUUCUUUUUGCUAGGAAGCCAAAAUGGACACUUAACCAUGCCUAAUGAAUCUCUACCUGGCUUCCCCUAUUUCCUUUGUUGGAAGGAAGCAGUUCACAUAUACAGAGGAAGGCUUGUUUGGAAUGGACGCUCCAUUGAGGUGGAUGGGUAAUCUCUUACAAGCAUAAGUGACAUAGAUGGGACUCUCCAUCCUGACAACUAUAUCCAGAGCACCUCGCUUUUUAAUGCAUUGUCUUCAUCCAGUUCAAGGAGCUUCCGUGAAUGAUAGAUGCUGAAUUGCUAAGGCCAGUUUCAUUAUUCUCACAUCAAAAGUAUAUACUAUGGAAGGGUGUGUAGUUAUUCAUCAUGAAUUCUAUACUAAAUCUAUGCAGUUUCAUUAAAUUCACAGUUGGAGUUGCAUUUCUUUCAGCAUGGCGGAAGGCGGGUUCAUAAUUCUGACCCAAGUAGUUUAUAUGCUGUUACUUCUUCUUGGCCCAGCCUUUCCAGAAAGCAGAUACAGAAUGCCUUCCUUUCAGCCGGCUUGCCAAAUUGCAAGCUGUCAUCACCUUUCAUCUGGGAUUGGACUAUGCACAGGCAUGCAUGUGUAUCUCUGCUGAACUGUGAUUCAGUGAGAGCACCAAAAAAGCACAAAAUAGAAUAUGUGCAGAAUUCAGUUCGCAGAUAACCCCCACUAAAAACAAUGUGUCUGCCCAUUUAGACUGCAAAUGAUAUGCUUAAAAGUUUGCAGGCAAUGGCUGUCAAAAUCUUACAAACCAGGGAACUAGCUCGAGUCCCAGUGGUCUGGAAUGGGGCUUAUAUGCCCUGCAUAGUUCUUAGUCUCUCUCACGUAACUAACAACAGCAGAAUAAUGUGUGCAAAAUGACAAAUUAUGCACAGUUGCUGAAGGUACAUAAUUUGUACAAGUUGCAGUAUUCAGGGUGCUUUUUUGGAGCAAAUCUUUAUCAUCAUUAUUUUGAAGUGAAGAGUAUACAUGGCACUGUCUAUGGAUUGUGGAUUCAGCAACUACUUAGGAAUUUUUUUCACCAUCAUUUGAGAAAGCUGAGCGUUUGUACAAAGAGUUUGGCAGGCGAAGCAAAUUGCUUUCCUAUUAUUGGGGUCAGAAUUGUAAGCAGUCGGCCAAGAACCAGAAAAGGGGGAGGAGCAGGUGAAGCGGCAAACUGAAUGAAUGAAUUUUGUGAGCCCAGCAGGGCAGCCUUCGGUCUUUUCUAGUGAUACAGAGAAAAAUGGAAGAGCAUGGUCCUCCCAUGAGCAUCCUUGUGGGAGGGGUGCCUCUUUGGAGUGGCAUUUUCUUUGAAGCUGAAUGGAAGUGACCUCUCUUAUCCCCUUUCAAAUUUAACCAUUUGAACCCCAAGGAUGGAUGGCAUUUUGGCUGGGUUCCCAGUACACUGGUAAUCCUCCUCAGGCCCACAUCUACGGUAGUUCCAGCCUCCCCCUCUAGGAUAGGGCAUGGCAGACUUGGGUACCUUCCAGCUGCCUACCCUGUUCAAUGAUGACUGAGUUUGCUUACUAUUCAAAUUCUUGUAUGAACAAAAUUCCCCCGUUCUUUUUUUAACAGGAAGUACAAAUAUGAACAUGAUCAGAAUGCCAGUUUGCUUCCCAAUUAUACUGUUCUAAAAAUGGAACAUUUAAUAUAGCGCUUCAUAGAAGAGUGUCUGAAUAUAGCCCUUAAAAAUAGGAUUUGUUUGAAAAAACAAGCACACAGUUCUCACUUCCUCAUACAAAGCACACUAAUAAGAAACCAGUUUGGCUUAAAAGAAAUAUGUUGCAAAGUCCUUUAAAAUGAUCAUUUGUGUCGAUGCUGUGUUCUCGCUCUAAUGCUGGAUGAUCCUAAUUAUCAUAAUUUACAUUUCUGUGCAAAGCUGUGUGGCAAUUUAAGUUAAAAUUGUAGCUGUGACUGUCUCCCCACCCCACUUUUUAGCAAUACAGGAAGACAUUACAGAAGGCUCCAGUGAUCGUUUGGUGAAUCUUUUGGGACAUGUGUAGAAAUUUUAUCCACCACUGUAAGCUUCUCCUAUGCCAGCCUUUCCCAACCUAGUGCCCUUCUGAUGUUUUGGACUGCAACUCCCCUCAGUCCCAGAAAGCAUGGCCAGUGGUCAGGGCAACAUUCAGUUGAAACCACUGAAUCAGGAACGGGCUUUUUCUCUCCUGGGAGUUGUUUUAGCAGGCCUGGGGCAACAAUAGUUAAUGGCAGUCUGGAAAGCCAUUAUAGGACACUGAUAAAGAGCAUGAGCUGUUGAAGGUGCAGUUCAAAUUUCAGUCAUGAAAUCAAGAUUUCUCUAUUACAGGGAUGAUAAUAAUACGAGUCUGUCUUUUGGAAUAGUGCAAUGAUAGUUGCGGUAACAUACAUGAAGCAGCGAGGAAGCUGCCAUCUCCCAUAUAAAUGUAUGCAGAAUUGCAGCCCUUGCCUCUUAACAUAGCCUAGUUUCUUCUAAAAAAAGGGAAACAAACUGGAGGAUGUGACUCAACCCAGUAGAAGGAAGGAAACAUUAACUGAAUGCAGGCAGAACUUGUGACAAGCCUAUUGCGGUGUGCAGUUGCUUCUGAACAUAGCUUGUUGCUUAAAGAACCAAAAUCUUUCACUUGCCAGCAGUGUUCAAGAUGGUUGUUUAGUGCAGCGGUUUCACAGAUAAGCUGCUACGCCUGCCUUUUAAGGAGUGAGAGUCUACAGAAGUUUCAAGACAAUAUUGUCACCUGAUUGGGAACAAAAACAGAGAGAAGCACUGGCUAAAGGUACCUUAGCAUGGGGAACCUUCUUAAAGUUUUGACGUGCACAGACCUUGAGCAGGGACCAAAUUUCUUCCUUGACUUUGAAAAUGCUCAACCUACAGAAUCAGAAAAAGAAAUUUAUAAUCAGGUAAAUGUAGUGUUAAAGGAUGCAGAAGGAAUCCUGGAAGACUUGCAGUCAUACAGAGGAGCCGGUCAUGAAAUACGAGAGGCAAUACAGCAUCCCACUGAUGAGAGGCUCCAGGAAAAGGCAUGGGGUGCAGUAGUCCCUCUAGUGGGCAAACUAAAGAAAUUCUAUGAAUUUUCUCAAAGACUUGAAGCUGCAUUGCGAGGUCUUCUUGGGGCUCUGACAAGCACCCCAUAUUCUCCCACGCAGCACCUGGAGCGAGAGCAGGCUCUUGCAAAACAGUUUGCGGAAAUCCUUCAUUUCACACUCCGUUUUGAUGAGCUGAAGAUGACGAAUCCUGCAAUUCAGAAUGACUUCAGCUACUACAGAAGAACCUUGAGUCGUAUGAGGAUCAAUAAUGUUCCAGCAGAAGGAGAAAAUGAAGUAAAUAAUGAAUUGGCCAACAGAAUGUCUUUAUUUUAUGCCGAAGCAACGCCAAUGUUGAAAACCUUAAGCGAUGCCACGACAAAAUUCGUUUCAGAGAACAAAAAUUUGCCUAUAGAGAACACCACAGACUGCUUAAGCACCAUGGCCAGCGUUUGCCGAGUUAUGCUGGAAACCCCGGAAUACAGAAGCAGGUUCACCAAUGAGGAAACGGUAUCCUUCUGUCUGAGGGUGAUGGUGGGCGUCAUCAUUCUCUAUGACCACGUGCAUCCAGUAGGCGCAUUUGCUAAAACGUCAAAAAUUGAUAUGAAAGGAUGCAUCAAAGUUCUCAAAGACCAGCCUCCAAACAGUGUAGAAGGCCUUCUAAAUGCUCUCAGGUACACAACAAAACAUUUGAAUGAUGAGACUACCUCGAAGCAAAUUAAAUCUAUGUUGCAAUAACAGUUACCUGGAAAUUAUGCUCUGCUGUAAACAGUAUUCUGCAAUGACAGAGAUGCACAGAUCUUUUUUCUUUUUUUAAGUGAUUGCAACUACUAUCUUGUUCAGUCUUGCUUUUGAUUUUCCUCCUCUUCUUGUCUUCUCCAUUUUUUAAAAAAUGUUCUUGUUCUUGAGUAAGCUGAUAACUUCUUUUCUGUGCCAAAAUCAUUGAAAAUUUUAUCAACCCUGGGAGGUGAUUUUUUAUUUUAUUUUUUAUUUUGCCUUUCAGAAUGGCCAUUCUGUGGCAGCUAAUUCUGCAUUGCGUUUUGGAUUUCUCUGGACUGGAGAAAGUUCUGUGACUUGAACUAAAUAUUUUUAAACGUGGAUUUUUUUUUUUUUUGAAAAACUAAUAUUUAAUAUUGCUUCUUGUGCAUGGCGAAACUGCCUAUUUCUGCUAUUUAAAAAGAAAGAAAGAAACUCUCAGUGACUUCAUUUUGUAUUGCAGCUUUUUUAUGUGCAACCAUGAGGAAACUUAAGAGCAGAUUUGUUUAAAUUAACUGUGUUUGUACAAAUGGUACCCAACACACAAAGGUUUUUUUUAAAGAAAAAAAUAAAUAAAUGAGUAAAACUGUUUGUUUUAAAAAGUUAAGUUUGCAUUUUGACUCAUUUUUGUAAGGAUAUCUGUUGUAUGUUUAAUAACUAACGUUUAAAAAGAAAAGUGGUGUGUGCGUAGCCAAAUUACGUAUGCAUGUUCGUGUCAAAUGAUUGGCUGUGGAGACUACAAUAAAAAAACGGCUUUCAUUUU